AUGGAUACCUCCCAACUGAUUCCAAUCCCCAAGCACGGGGACGGGAAAAACCAGUCGAUGCUGCCGCUUCUGCUCAGCUCGGGCGACGGGAAGGAGGUUACGGAAAAAGCCAUGGCUCUGAUCGCUCCCAUGUUGGAAGGUUUCACCCCAAAGACCAGUGCUGAAGAGUCCAAAGAUGGGGUUGCUAGUCAGAUGGCCACGGCGCUGACUUCGCCUAGAAGAACGUCGUUGGCGGCUAUUGGUGAAUCUGUUUCGCUUACUUCAGACAAUUUGUCGUUGAACAACGCUAUUGCUCAGCUUCUGCCUGACCAUGGAGACUCUGUGAAUGCAGCUCCAGGUGAAAGUUCCAAACCGUACUCCAGAACAAACUCUGCGUCGUCCUGGGACUUGAACUUGCCAAAGCUCAACAAGACGGUGCUGAACCUGUCGAACACGCUGAGAAGAUCCGCUUCAAACGCUAACGCUACUCCACCCAACGUGAACAAAAUUGGCAAGAUUGGCGUGUGUGCCAUGGACUCCAAGGUCAUGCUGAAGCCUUGCAGAAAGAUCUUGAACAGACUUAUUGAGAACGGCGAGUUUGAUACCAUCGUUUUCGGCGACAAGGUCAUCUUGGAUGAGGCUGUGGAAAACUGGCCCACCUGUGACUUCCUCAUCAGUUUCUUCUCCACGGGCUUCCCGCUUGAUAAGGCCAUCAGCUACGCCAACCUCAGAAAGCCCUACAUCAUCAACGACUUGACGUUGCAGAAAACCUUGUGGGAUAGGCGUUUGGUGUUGAACAUCUUGAACCACGCCAAUGUCGCAACGCCUGAAAGACUAGAAAUCAGCAGAGACGGCGGACCACGCAUCGACAAGCUUUUAGAAGACAAGCUUGUGGAGGUGGGCAUUCCUCGUGACCAUUUGCACAGAUUGACCCACCAGGACGAGCCCGAAUGGUCUAUGCCUGACGAAGACACACUUGUGGUGAACGGAAAGACCAUGAAGAAGCCUUAUGUGGAGAAGCCCGUGGACGGUGAAGACCACAAUGUUUACAUCUACUACCCCAAGAGUACCGGCGGUGGAGGACGUCGUCUUUUCAGAAAGAUCGGAAACAAGUCGUCUGAGUUUGAUCCAGAGUUGAGCACCCCACGUACGGAGGGUUCGUUUAUCUAUGAGAAAUUCAUGGAUACCGACAACUUCGAGGAUGUGAAGGCAUACACUGUGGGUCAGGAAUUCUGCCACGCUGAAACGAGAAAAUCGCCUGUCGUUGAUGGUAUUGUCAGACGUAAUACCCACGGUAAAGAGAUUCGUUUCGUGACCGAGUUGAGCGACCAUGAAAAGACCAUGGCAAGAAAUGUGAGCAGAGUGUUCAAGCAAACGAUUUGUGGAUUCGAUUUGUUGCGUGUCAAUGGCGAGUCCUACGUCAUUGAUGUCAAUGGAUUCUCGUUUGUCAAAGACAAUAACGAAUACUACGACUCUUGUGCCUCGAUCUUGAGAAACAUGUUCAUCGAGGCCAAGAAGUCCAGAGACUUUAUCAAGAACAAGAUCCCUCGCACUAGCCAGAUCAACCAGUCUGAGUUUGAGGAGAAACAGCAGAAAUGGGUUUUCAAGGGUAUGGUUUCUGUCAUUAGACACGCCGACAGAACGCCGAAACAGAAGUUCAAGUACUCUUUCAGAUCACCUUUAUUCAUCUCCUUGCUUAAAGGUCACAAAGAGGAAGUCAUCAUCAGAGCUGUGCCUGAUUUGCAAGUUGUGUUGGAGACUGUCAAGAUAGCCGAAGAAAAGGAACUCGAGGACUUGAAGAAGCUUAAACAGUUGAGAAUGGCAUUGGAGAAGAAGAUGGAGUUCCCCGGUACCAAGAUCCAAUUGAAGCCUUCCUUGAACUCUGAAAACCCAGACAUAGUCGAGAAGGUGCAAUUCAUCUUGAAAUGGGGUGGUGAGCCAACUCACUCGGCCAGGUUCCAAGCCACUGAUGUUGGUGAACAAUUGAGACAAUACAUUAAGUUGCUCAACAGGGAAGCACUCAACGACGUCAAGGUUUACACAUCUUCCGAGAGAAGAGUCAUUGCAAGCGCCCAUCUUGCAACCAGCUCAAUGUUAGGAUUGCCAACUUUGCCUGAUGAUUUCUUGAUUAUCAGAAAGGACCUUUUGGACGACUCUAACGCUGCCAAGGACUUGAUGGAUAAAGUCAAAAAGAAGUUGAAGCCCUUGUUGAGACAGGGUGCUGAAGCGCCUCCACAGUUCACAUGGCCACCCAAGAUGCCCCAGCCUUUCGUCGUUAUCAAGAGAGUCUGCGAGUUGAUGAACUACCACAAGAACAUUAUGGAGUAUAACUUCAAGAACUACGAUGUCAGCAAAUUCCAGGAGAAUUGGUGCUGCGGAGAAGACCCAUACUUGUUCAAGGAGAGGUGGGAUAAGUUGUUCCAAGAGUUCAUUACAGUGGAGAAGACUCACCCAUCGAAGAUUUCCGAGUUGUACGAUACCAUGAAGUACGAUGCCUUGCACAAUCGUCAAUUCUUGGAAAAGAUCUUUGCAUUUGAUCCUAAUGACGAGAACUUGCUCAAGACUUUGGGUGAGAGGUGUGGUGACACCAUCAAGUCAUCUGGUCUUGUGAGUGAAUACCCCAUCAAUAUUUUGGCCAUGAAUAACUUCAAGAUUCCACAUGAAGCCAAUUCGAAUGUCAGCUCCGCAUCCGGAUCUACAUCGAACCUUCAGAACAUCACAAACAAUAAGGAAGCCUCAGCAGGUUCUCUUGGUUGGGUCUUGAAGGGUGCCAAUGCAACCAAGGGCGCAAGUCUGAUCAACGACACAAACACUCACGGCAAAUCCAGCUGCAACAGCAGCGUAAGCAGCAAUGGAAAAGCCCCAGAGAACCCAUUCGACCACCCAACUUUUGCUCGUCUCAGAGAAUUGUACAGAUUAUCCAAGGUGUUGUUCGAUUUCAUCUGUCCUCAGGAAUACGGUAUUAAGGACGAAGAGAAGCUUGAUAUUGGUUUGUUAACGUCUUUGCCAUUGGCCAAGCAGAUCUUGUCGGACAUCAAAGACAUGAAGAGCCAUGACUCUGCAGCGGUGGUGAACUACUUCACAAAGGAGUCCCACAUAUACACUUUGCUCAAUGUCAUUUACGGAGCGCAACUUCCAAUGAAGAUCGCCAGAAACGCCUUACCUGAACUUGACUACAUGUCUCAGAUUGUCUUUGAGAUAUACGAGUCCGGUGACUCCAACAGCCCCUCAGGCAAGAAGCAUUCUAUCAGAAUGUCGUUGUCUCCAGGAUGUCACACUCAGGAUCCUUUGGACGUUCAUUUGGAUGACGAUCACUACAUUGGUUGUAUUCCAAAGAUCGGCUUAACGAGACAUUUGGAUAUGGACUUGGUGAUUCAAAGAUUGAAGUCUAGAUUCUCGAGAGUGUCGUUGCCAAAGCAGUUCACUCCUGUGAACAUCUCGAGUCCUCUCUUCACUGGAGAGUAA